GGUUCCUCUGAGAACUUUCUCUGGAAGUUUUUUUUCCCACUCUGGUUUCUGUGCAGGGGACCAGAGGAGCCUGCACAGAUGUUUCCAGUUUGACACCCUCUUCCUCCUCGUCCUCCUCUUCCUCCAGCCCGUCUGGUGCCUGAGGAGAAGAGGAGGUCGCGGACAGAGACCGUGGACACACGUCCAGUCGCAUGAGAGACAAGGUCAAUCUGAGUUGCUUCCGUCUCAAAGCAACUUUGUGCGAGUGUCUUCGCUCGCGGCGUCUCCGAGGCGAUGCUGAGGAAGAUGGCGAAGAUGAGGAGGAUCCUCCACGUGAAGGGCGACGUGAUGUGCACGCUGCUGCUGCUGGUUCUGUUCUGUCUGCUGCUGUACGCUCGACAGGCGGUGCUCUCCCCCGGCUGGGACAGACCUCUGUGGAAGCUGGAGAUCCACGGCUCCACCAGCGCGAGUCGGGCCCUGCUGGGAGCCAGCGGGGCCAAAGUGGGCCGGGACGCCCGAGAGCUCCCCUCCAGCCCCACGGAGCCACAGCUGCCUGCCUGUCAGCCGCAGUCCAAAGCCAAACCUCCCCAGGCCAAGUCCAAACCUCAGGUCAAGUCCAAGGGGAAGUCGAAGUCGCGACGGAAGAAUGCCGCGCCGACCAAAGCCCCCGGCAAGCCGCUGCCCACCAUGCCGCCGUUUGACUUCGAGGGCUAUCUGAGGGCGAAGGACAACCGCGACUUUAAGCUGCUCAUAGACCAGCCAGAGAAGUGUCACAUCAGAGGGGCGGAGGAGGAGGACGGAGGAGGAGGAGGAGAUGAUGACACCGCUCCCUAUAUGCUCAUCGCUGUGAAAUCUAUCGCUGCAGAUUUUGAUAAGCGUCAGGUGGUGCGUCGGACGUGGGGUAAGGAGGGGCGGUUCCCGAACGGCGUGUCCAUCCGCACCGUGUUCCUGCUCGGCGUCCCCAGGAACCGGACGGCCCUGCCGCUGUGGGACCGUCUCCUGGCCUACGAGAGCGAGAGCUUCCGGGACGUCCUGCUCUGGGACUUCGACGACACCUUCUUCAACCUGACGCUGAAGGAGACGCACUUUCUGAAAUGGGUGAACGGCAGCUGUCCUCACGUCAAGUUCAUCUUCAAGGGCGACGCCGACGUGUACGUGAACGUGGAGAACAUAUUGGAGAUGCUGCAGGGUCAGAAGCCGGAGGAGGACCUGUUCGUGGGCGACAUCAUCAUCCACGCCAAGCCCAUUCGCCGGCGCAGCUCCAAGUACUACGUGCCAGAGUUCGUGUACGGAGGCGGCCUGUACCCGAACUACGCCGGGGGGGGGGGCUUCGUCAUGUCGGGACACACGGCUCGGAAGCUCAGCUCCGCGUGUCAGCAGGUGGAGCUGUUCCCCAUCGACGACGUCUUCCUGGGCAUGUGCCUCCAGCUCAUCGGCAUCAAACCGUCCCGCCACCAGGGCUUCCGGACCUUCGGGAUCCCGCGGCCGUCCGCCGCGCCCCACCUGCAGACGUUCAACCCGUGCUUCUACAAGGAGCUCAUGGUCGUGCACAGCCUCAGCGUGCCGCAGAUCUGGCUCAUGUGGAGCCUCCUGCACGACCCCAACCUGAGCUGCCACAACCGCACCGGCCCGACGUCGCGGCCCUUCAGGUGGAAGGGGGGGGCGGGCGGCGAGGCGGAGGGCGAGGCGGGCGGCGAGGCGGAGGGCGAGGCGGAGGGCGAGGCGCGCGGCGAGGAGGGCGAGGAGGAGUCGGACUACGGCGAGAAACGCGUGUUCAUCAUGCAUUAGUGGCAUGGUUACCGCGCAGAGGGGGGACCCGUGGCCGAGGACUGUGACGGGUUCAGUCACGUGAGGGUUUAUCCGAGCUGGCAGGUCAACACCAGGGCAAAUGAAUUCACUGGCAAAUGUGCUCUGAGGGGAAUCAGAAAGAGAAUGGAGGCUCCGUCCGCGCGUUGACGCGGUGACAGUGAGCGCACUCGCAGCAGGGAUUUGAUUCGAGACUGCGGGAGGAGUUGAAUCUCUCUGGACUUCAGGACGUCUGAAUGUGUCGCGCACCGGAAGACUGAGUGGUUAGCUGGUUUAACCCCACACAAGUGGAAAUGCAUCAACCGCAACCGAGUCGACGGGAGUGGACGCUCCAGACUGGAGACGUCUGCGAGCGCUGGGAAGACGGCGGAGACUCUUUCUCCCCCCCCCCCCCCCCCCCCCCACCCUUUUUGUUUUCUUGACGUGAAUCGCUUGCAGCAGGGAUGUUGUGGUGCAGGAUAGAAGCACAAUGGGGACGGUGGCUGUUAUCUGUUCCCCGGAGGAACGGACAAAUGAAGGCGAAGAAGCCCUGAUGGGAACCAGCUGGGACACACACACACACACACACGCACACGCACACGCGCACACACACACACACACACACACACACACAGUUUUACAUUCACACUUUAUGAUUCUAAUAUUGUGCACAUGUAUCAUAUUCCGUAUAACUCUUUGUAUCUCUAUCAAAAUGCUGCGAGAUAGAUUCGUGCAGAUGCAGUGACGAUGACUUUAGUUACGAAGUCAGAGGUUUAGUGUUAGAAGCAAAAGAAGCAAAAAAAAGUCUUUCUGAGGCGGAAACAAAUGAACGAGUUUGAUAGACGAUGUCUGAACAAACUGGCCCGUCGAGGUUCACGUCAUCAUAACUGUCACGUCGUGAGUUUCAGUUCUGGGACGUUGAACUCUAGAUUAAAUCAGUUGUACAUCAUUUUUCUUGAAUGCACGUGACAUGACUUGUCAGGGCAAACAUUUCUUCACACACGUCUCCUUUCUGGUUUCCUUUCAUGCUGACAGACACAAUAUCUCUACACGGACAAAUAAACUUCAAACUGUGCCGUUGUGUUCUGCCUGUUUUUAAAAGAGGAAUUUAAAGAAAAGCUUAUUAACAACUAAUCGUUCAUGAAACAGUGAGCCCAGAGUAAAAAGUGGAGGAGAUUCCACCUCCUCAGCUCUUUGGUUGCUAUGGCCGCACGCCGAGCAUCGAUGUCCUGCCGAAUGACCAAAUGUCGUCCUGUCAUCUGAUCCAAUAGUCCUCCUGUAUGCUCCGCCUGUCGCUUCCUUCAACGGGCGGUGACAGAACCACCACCGUGUUUUGAGCGGCGAUGAGUCGGUGGCUCCAGAAUAUCGCAGCUGGCGGCGACUCUCCUCGGGAGUCCCGUCUUCACCACUGAACAGGAAACGCGUCCGUCUGCAACGUCCUGCGGAGGACUCUUGCCUCGCGGUGAAAAUGAUGCUCUGCUCUUCCACGAGACGAGGCUUCUCGGUCGAACCGCUCGAUUGACAUUUUUUUCACUUUCCUGUGCACAACCUGCUUUUUUUUCUCCUUUUUUUUUUAAAAGUGUGAACCCAACUGUUGAUCCAACGAUCUCUUGAAAUCUCUGAUACGAUUUAUUUAUUAUAUUCUCACAUCGACAGAGUCUUCCACCUCUAAUCUUGUCUCAACUCCCAAUUUGGGACCACGGGUGAGUUCUUUACGUUGAUGUAAACUGAUUCACAUUAAAGAGAAAAACAAAAGCUCAGAGCCCGAAGAAGUAACAGAUGUUUGGAGGUUUUUACCUCACGGCCGCUGUCAUAAGUCAGAGUUUCAGUUUCAGAGUUUGUGCAAACUUAAAAAAAACAAACAAACAAAAAAAUAAACUCCUGGUCGUUUUUUUCACAUCCACAUUUUUAUUUAUUUAUUUUUUCAUACCCUGGUUGCACACACACACACACACACACACACUAGCACAAUGAACGUUUGUUGACAAUGAACAGUGAACAUUGUUGACGUCAUCAGUCACAAAAAGAGAUUUCGCCUCGAGCAAAGUUUUCAGUCGACCUAAAUCCUUCUCUUUGCACUACAUGGUAAAGUUAUUGCCGGGUUUUAUUCAGUUUUUUUCAGCCGACAUGCUGAACAAAUGUAUUUCCUUUUUUUUUUUUUUCAUACGCAAAGUCAUAGUAUUCAAAAUAUAUAAAAUGCCACGUUCCAAUGAAAUGUACAAGUUCUUAAUUAAGCGUAACGGCCCCCAUUUCCAGAAACGGGCUCAAUGUACAACAACAAAAGAAGAAGAAGAUAAUCUGACGGGGAGUAAAGGAGAUGACGGAACAUGUCCUGAUACCAACAACUGACCACACAAAGCAUCACAACAAUGUGAGUGUGACAUCAGACAUUCUUCCACUGAGCGGACCGGACCGGACCGGUUUCACCAAAACACGGUUCAUCACUGCGUCAACUCGUAUCUCUUUCCUCUGUUCGGCGUCUGAUGUGUGUGUGUGUGUGUGUGUGUGUGUCAAGUGUUCUUUUGAUUUACUUCACUCAAACUGCUGCUUCUAACGUUUCAUACUAUUGUCUUCUCCCUCCCCUCUCAUCUCUGACCCAUCUGCUUCCAAUGGAGCGAAGCUCCUCUCUCCCCUGAGAUCUUCUGGGAAAUCACCAAUUUUAUUCGAAUUCGGCAAAUGGGCGGAGGAUUUCCCUCAGGUUCUAAUUAAAAUUCCCUUGUCGUCAUCACACACACACACACACACACACACACACACACACACACACACACACACACACACACACACACACACACACACACACACACACACACACACACA